CUCUGCUGUGACGUCACCCGAGCAGCUGUUGCCUGUCGGACCGUUUCUAAAUAAUUUCGUUGCUUCUAUAAAGUGUCUGCUUUGUUGUUUACCUACGCGGCUGCAAUACCAGCAGCGCCACCUAAAGCGCACAAAAUCUACAGAAGCUGCUGCCACAGAUGUUGUUGCGUCGCGUUCUUGGCUAUGGCGUAUUGGGCGCUGGCGUGGUCAGCACCGGCUUGAGUCUCCACAGCAACGACUACGAUCCGAACUCGCUGGGAAUUGUGCGCCUGUCGCGCUCCGCUGCUGCCGUCGUGGAUGUGGCUCUGACUUACAAGCGGGAACUCUACUACAGGGAAUGGGACAAGGAGACGCCCGAGUACAAGGCUGAGAAGAGUCGGGUGCACAAGAUAGCGGCCGAGAAGCUGCUGAAACUGAUAUGCACCAACAAGGGAGUGUACAUAAAGGUGGGGCAACACAUAGGCGCUUUGGAGUAUUUGCUGCCCAAGGAGUUUGUGCAGACAAUGAAGGUGCUGCAUUCGGAUGCGCCACAGAAUCCAAUCGAGGACCUGUACAAGGUUAUCCGGCAGGACCUGAAGUGCAAUCCAGAGGAUAUAUUCGAUAGCUUUGAGCGGGAGCCGCUUGGCACCGCCUCCCUGGCGCAGGUGCACAAGGCACGUCUGAAGACCGGCGAGAUAGUGGCUGUAAAGGUACAGCAUCCGUAUGUGAAGGGCAACUCCCGGGUGGAUAUGAAGACGAUGGAGCUGGCGGUUAAUGUGCUAGCCAGAAUAUUCCCGGACUUCAAGAUCCACUGGCUGGUGGAGGAGUCCAAGAAGAACCUGCCCGUCGAGCUGGACUUCAUCAACGAGGGCCGCAACGCCGAGAAGGUGGCAAAGCAAUUCGAGAAGUUUAGCUGGCUGCGCGUGCCCAAGAUCUACUGGCAAGUGAGCUCCUCCCGUGUCCUGGUAAUGGAGUAUCUGGAGGGUGGCCAUGUCACGGAUCUCUCCUACAUCAAGAAGAACAAAAUCGACGCUUUUGCGGUGGCCAAUCGCAUCGGCCGGCUGUACUCGGAGAUGAUCUUCAGUACGGGCUUCGUGCACAGUGAUCCGCAUCCGGGCAACAUUCUGGUGCGACGCACACCUCAGCACAGUGUGGAGAUUAUCCUGCUGGACCACGGGCUGUACGCCAACUUGACCGACAAGUUCCGCUACGAUUACUCCAAGCUCUGGCUAAGCAUACUCAAUGUGGACCGCAAGGCCAUGCGACUUCACAGCGAGCAGCUGGGCAUCAAGGGCGAGCUCUACGGGCUGUUUGCCUGCAUGGUGACUGGCCGGCCCUGGGAGACGGUCAUGCAGGGCAUCACCAAAGUUAAAUAUUCCAAAGAAGAGAAGAACACGCUACAAAACAACACGUCCAUGGUGCUACCUCACAUUUCGGAUGUCCUGGAGCAGGUGGAUCGCCAGAUGCUGCUCAUCCUCAAGACGAACGAUCUGAUUCGGGGCAUUGAGUCGACGCUGCGCACACAGAACCGCAUGACCGCUUUUUGGGUCAUGUCCAAGUGCUGUGUUCAAUCGUCGUAUGCGGAGCAGAGGACACAGCUGGACAACUCGCGUUCGCGUAUCCUCUGGCUGCGGCUGCACGAACGCUGGGAGCUGCUCAAAUUGAACUGUUACUACCUCUACCUGGGACUGAUUAACUUUGGUUUCCUCGAAGCACUCAAGCAGGUCAUAUAGCGAUACCGGAAUUAAAAGUACAAAACUGUUGACAAAUUACCUCGCUGUCGCUGCAGAGCCAGG